CUAAACACGGAACUUGUGUGCAAUCGUUUCCGUGUGGCAGUGAGAGUAAUGAGAGCAAUGCUUCUGUAUCUUGUGGCUUUAUAGAAUGCUGAGAAGCUGAGCUGCGCAGUGUGACUGUCCCUUAGCAAGGUGCUUAGAAAGCAAGGUGUGUAAUCUUUUCUUAUUUUGAUGUGUCUGUAGAAAGAAGCCAUUGGGCUGAUACAGAGAUUUCUAUGUUUGUAUUCCUGAAGAAACCCUUCCAUUGCUCACUGAAUUCUGGACUGCACCAUGUUGAAAUCUGACAUGCCAGCUGAGAUUGAACAUCUUUUCAGUAAGCAGUUUCAGUAUAGAAAGACAUCUGAAUGGCGUCUUCCCAGUGCUUCAGACGUAUUCAGUUCCGAACACGAAGAAUUGAGUAAUUUUAUAUCCCUAAAAGAUUCCUUGAACAAAACAAAGAACCUUCUAAGUGAUAAGAAACUUGAUGACUGGCAUCGGCAUACUGCUUUUACAAACAUAGCUGGGCGAGUCGUUCCAGAGGUGCGGAGAUCAGCCAAUGCUGAGCUAUGCACCCAAGCAUGGUGUAAAUUCCAUGAGAUAGUAUGGAAAUAUCCUCUUUUGCCUGAUAAUGCUCUGUGGAAUCGAGAGUUAAACACCAUUCAUCUAUGUGAGGCCCCAGGAGCUUUCAUAUCUAGUCUCAACCAUUACUUAAAAACCCAAGAUGUUUUCUGUGAUUGGAACUGGGUUGCCAACACUCUUAAUCCUUACCAUGAGGCUAAUGAUGGAUUGGUGAUGAUUGCAGAUGAUCGUUUGAUAGCCAACACAUUACCUUGGUGGUAUUUUGGCCCUGACAACACCGGAGAUCUCAUGACUAUAAAGUAUCUUGAUGGGCUUCAGCAGUUCAUUAGCAACAUGUCUGUAGUGCAUCUUGUUACAGCAGAUGGCAGCUUUGAUUGCCAGGGUGACCCAGGGGAACAGGAGUCCCUUGUCUCUCCGCUACAUUACUGUGAAGUAGUCACUUGUUUGCUAACACUUGGUAAGGGAGGGUCUUUUGUCUUGAAAAUGUUCACCCUUUUCCAGCAUUCCUCAAUAAAUCUAAUGUAUCUUCUAAACUGCUGCUUCAAUGAAGUACAUAUCAUUAAACCAGGAACAAGCAAAGCAGGUAACUCGGAAGUCUAUGUGGUUUGUUUAGAUUACUUUGGCAAAGAAGUCAUUCAAGAUAUCCAGCCAAAACUGAUACACAACUUUGGUACAGGGAUAGCUAAAAAGUCCUUGUUUUCACAGAGGUGCCUGCCUGAAUCUUUCUUGUUGUGUCACUUAGAAUGCUGUACUUUCUUUAACAAGCAUCAGACUGAGACAAUUUUGGAAAAUCUGCACCUAUUUUCUGAUAUGGGAGAAGAACAGAAAAAAAAGUUGAAUACAUUACGUAAUGUGGCUGUUACUUAUUACAGGCAAAUGUGCGAUUUGAGGCGUAUUGAAAGAAAACAUUGGCUUGUAAAAAAUCCCAGAGCAGGAUGUAGUUUAAAUCCAAGUUGGAUGGGAAUUCGUAAUCGCCGCACUGACACCUAUAAUGAGAGAAAACAACUGGAAGCUUUAACAUGGACAGAAAAAGUUGCUCAGGGUUUCUUUAACCCUUGGUUGAAAGACCAUGUUCAAAGUAAUAGGAGUGUUGGGAGCUUUCUUGAAUACCCAUACUGUGACCUAAAUCCUGAUAACUGGUGCUUUCUGCAGGGAAAUCCACUGCCCAGAAUCAAGAGCUCGCCAUUUUGUGAAAAUGAACUGUUAAAGGCUUUAAAUGAAACCAUAGCUGAAUUUUUUAAGGGAACAGUAACGAACAUUUUAGCACUGCCACCUUGUUCGUCUUGCUGUGUUCUUGAUAUAGAAUAUUUUGCCUCUGUAGUAUUAUCCAUGAUGGAUGGUGACCAGCACAUAUUCAUUUGUGGGGCUCAUUCUUUGUAUACGUUUCUGAAUGAAAGACAGAGAUCUUGCAGUUUCUUGGAGAUGCCAAUGUCACAUGAAAACAUUUCUUUACUCCAUGAUGGAGAGCCAGUCUACGAGCAGCAGUUAAUUACCCUGGUUGUGUGUGCCCUGCAGAAGCUGAAAAAAGGUGAAUUCAUGGUUCUGCCAAUUCUUUCCUGCUUUACCCGUUUCACAGCGGGUAUUCUGUAUGUAUUGUACCACUGCUUUCAGUGUAUCACCUUUUUGUGUCCUACUGCCAAUCUGACUUCAGGAACUGACACUGUUCUUCUCUGUUGUGGGUUUCACUCUAUCCCAAGCCAGGUUUCACAUCAACUUGAGAAGCUGAAGGAGUGCUUGGACUUUUUGGUAGGUUCAGGAUCGCAUCAACAGGUUGUGGAAUUUGUGCCAAUGGAGGAUCUUUUAAAUGGGCCUUUUCUGCAGUUUUUAUGGGACCUUAACUCCACUGUGAUAAGACACCGAUUACAUUUGAUUGGUUGCUGGGAAAAUGAAAAGGCAGUAGCUUAUAAAAUGGAGUCUUUUUAAAGGAGAACUAAAGCAACAGAAGUAAGCUAUAAAUGGUACACUUUAUUUUGGACUUCUGUAUCAGCCCAAGGACACCGCAGCCCAUAAGUGAAGAUCUGUGCCUUUGAAGAUGGCUCAAGCAGAUUCCCUAAUCUUCUGCCUAUUCAAAGCAUACUUUUAAGCUACUAUCAAUUACCUGAGCUAGGGACUUUGCUGACUCUCUAUAUACAACUGAUAAUACAGGGCUAAUUACUAAUUCAGAUAAACAAUACAUGAUUUUUGCUUGAUUUCGAUCACUCUAAGCUCAGGUUUUAAACCAUUGCCAAGAGCACGUUGUGCAUGGGAAGUGGCACUAAUGAUGAAGAUGGCCUAAGAUUCAAAAUUAGUGGCAUAACUAUAGAGAGCACAUGCCCCCCAUAUGUGAGCAGGGCUUAUAUUGGGGGAUUGGUGGGGGAAGUUGUCGGUGAACUGUCAUUUCAUAUGCGAUGCGUGGGUUGGGGAGUCCCGUCUUCACACCCUGUCUGAGAGGGCAAGCUUCUGUAUCCUCCUGGAUCAUUAAUGUUCUAGAUCUGCUCAAACUCUCUGCUGAUACAUAAAUCUCAAUAGAAAAUGUAGCAUUUUGGGCCUUUGUUUUUAGGCUUAAUUCUCCUUUAAAAUACUCAAAUGCUGACAUAUUCAAAACAAGCAAAGACCAAGCAAAGCAGGUCUGCAGAAAAUAUUUCAACAAGAGCACUACCUUAUCAGAUAACUGAACAUAAUAAGCCUCUAUGUAAUUUAUCUUAAUAUGAGCUGGAUGUAAAUACUGUGAGAAAGUUCUUUGAAACAUGUUUCUUUCCCUCUUGGCCUGUUUUUCCAAUAAGUAUUUGUUGCUGAUAUUUGUAAGUGUCUGUUAUUGAAACGCCUAUUUUGUUUAUGAGCUGCAGUGAAGCAACUGUAAAAGAUGCCUUAAAGGGACAAUAUUCCCUUGUUUCAACAUGAGUUCAAUGAAUAGCGCUUGUGCCCAACAUUUUUGCCUAUAUUUUUAAUCCCAAAAUAUCUGUUUAUUUCUUGAGCUAAACAGCUACUUCAUGUUUUGUCCCUUUAAAUGUAGAUAAUUUAAAUUACUAGAGCACAGAUAAUACCCCUGCAUUAUGGGAGGAUGUAAACAAAUUAAGUAAUAUAUCAAGUCCUGGUCAUUGCGCUCCUGUUGAAAUGGGAGUAUACUGGCCCUUUAACUUGUUGGUAACCAUUUUAUUUGAAUGGCCAACUUUUCUGUUUAAAAACAUGAAAGAACUGUAUAGAAUAUAUUGGUGUGCAUCAUUUUUUUUUUAACUGCUAUUCUGGCAUAAAAAAUGCACACUUUGGAAUUCUUGGAAUUUUGAGUUUGUUCAAUGCAAUCUGUUUAUUUUGCUAUUCAGUGAUCUGGGACUUUGAAUUAUAAUUGCUUUAAGAAGCCCUUUUAAUUAUA